AUGACUUUGGUGCAAGUGGCCCAAGAAAUGUAUUUCAGAAAGCACGGCCUGGCCUUUGACUUUCCUAUUCCUGGAUUUCUUCCCAAACAACAGGAGUCCAGAUCCUAUUCAGAGUCUGCUAGAUGCAUAACUAAUAGCAUCAAAGUCUGCAUAUUUAUACUAAUGUUGUGCCUUCUAUAGCAGGUGGUGCUGGAAGUAAACAGUGAAUUUAUUGUUGAGGUGAAAGAAUUAGACAUUGAAAAUGGCACUACAAAAUGGCAAACUGUCAGAAGACAGAAGCGGGAGUGGAUCAAGUUUGCUGCGGCCUGUCGAGAGGGAGAGGACAACUCCAAGAGGAAUCCGAUUGCCAAAAUUCGAUCAGACUGCGAAGUGAACCAGAAGAUUACAUACCGCAUCUCUGGGGUAGGAAUUGACCGACCUCCUUACGGAGUGUUCACCAUCAAUCCUCGGACUGGGGAAAUUAACAUCACCUCUGUGGUGGACAGAGAGAUAACUCCACUCUUCUUGAUCUAUUGCCGGGCUCUGAAUUUACGGGGUGAAGAUUUAGAAAGGCCUCUUGAGCUUAGAGUCAAAGUUAUGGACAUAAAUGACAACCCUCCAGUCUUUACACAAAAUGUUUACACAGCCAGCAUUGAAGAAAACAGCAAUGCAAACACACUGGUAGUAAAGUUAAGUGCCACAGAUGCAGAUGAAGACAAUCAUCUGAAUUCUAAAAUUGCCUAUAAGAUCAUCUCUCAGGAGCCAGCAGGUGCACCAAUGUUCCUCCUGAACAGGCACACUGGAGAAGUCUGCACCACGUCAAGUUUCCUGGACAGAGAGCAACACAGUAUGUAUAACCUCCUCGUGAGGGGUUCAGAUCGGGAUGGAGCUACAGAUGGACUGUCUUCCGAGUGUGAAUGUAGAAUCAAGGUUUUAGACGUCAACGAUAAUUUCCCCACCUUGGAGAAAACUUCUUACUCAGCAAGUAUUGAAGAGAAUUGUCUAAGUUCGGAACUGAUACGAUUACAAGCAAUUGAUCUUGAUGAAGAAGGCACAGAUAAUUGGUUGGCAAAAUAUUUAAUUCUCUCUGGAAAUGAAGGGAAUUGGUUUGAUAUUCAAACAGACCCACGAACCAACGAAGGCAUUCUGAAAGUUGUCAAGAUGCUGGAUUAUGAACAAGUGCCUAAUAUUCAUCUUAGCAUUGGAGUUAAAAAUGAAGCUGAAUUUCAUCACUCAGUUGCUUCUCAAUUCCGAAUGCACUCAACGCCUGUGAGAAUUCAGGUUGUUAAUGUGAGAGAAGGACCCACAUUUCAUCCAAAUUCUAUGACUUUCAGUGUUCGAGAAGGAAUAAGAGGAGAUUCCUCAAUGAAUUAUGUGCUUGGCACAUAUACGGCUAUAGAUUUGGACACGGGAAAUCCUGCCACAAAUGUCAGGUAUAUCGUAGGACAUGAUGCAGGCAGCUGGUUAAAAGUUGAUUCAAGGACUGCUGAGAUACAAUUUUCUAGGGAAUUUGAUACAAACUCAAAAUAUAUUAUCAAUGGGAUAUACACAGCAGAGAUCCUGGCUAUAGAUGAUGGCUCUGGCAAAACAGCUACGGGAACCAUAUGUAUUGAAAUUCCUGAUGUCAAUGAUUACUGUCCGGUCAUUUUUGCUGAAAAAGACACCAUCUGCAUUGCCUCUCCAUCCAUCCUUAUCUCUGUCAAUGACCAUUCUUAUGGGUCUCCCUUUACCUUCUGUGUUGAUGAUCAGCCUCCAGGGACAGCUAACUUAUGGGAUAUCAGAUCGAUAAGCGCUACCUCUGCAAUCCUGACGGCUGCGCAGACUUUACAUCAUGAAAUUUACAAAAUCCCAAUCCUAGUGAGGGACAGCUAUAACAGAGAGUGUGAAUUGGCACAGAUAGUGACAUUGCAGGCCUGCGAUUGUGACAACAACCACAUGUGCUUGUACUCUACUACCACGGGCAUCUACACCGGGCAUGGCAGCUCUAUUACCGGUGACAUAUAUGGGCCUGUCACUGUUGACCGAACUGGGGGUUCAAAUGUUGGUCUCGGACAGACAGGGAUUGGCAUGAUUGUGCUGGGCCUCUUACUACUGCUUUUGUCACCACUCUUGUUGCUCAUGUGUUGCUGCAAACGGAGGCAGCCAGAAGGCCUGGGGGCAAGGUUUGCUCCUGUGUCAGAGGGGGGAGAAGGAGUGAUACAGUCAUGGAGAAUAGAAGGGGCCCAUCCCGAGGACAGGGAUGUGUCAAAUGUAGGUGUAACAAUGACAGCCUCUAAUACCCAGGAUCGGAUGGAUUCCUCUGAAAUCUACACUAACACCUAUGCGGGCGGAGAAACGGUUGAAGGGGGUGUAUCAGGAGUGGAACUCAACACAGGUCCAGGGACAGCCACUGGGCUGAUGGCUGGAGGAGCAGUGGGAACAGCCAGGAAGAGGAGUUCAACACCAGGAACGCAGCGGGAAUAUGCAGACACCGGCCUGAACGUGGCCUUCUUGGACAGCUAUUUCUCUGAGAAAGCAUGUGCUUAUGCAGAUGAAGAUGAAGGUCGGCCAGCAAAGGACUGCUUGCUCGUUUACGACCACGAGGGAGCAGGGUCUCCUGUGGGCUCCAUCGGUUGCUGCAGUUGGAUUGUGGAUGAUUUAGAUGAAAGCCACAUGGAAACUUUAGAUCCAAAAUUUAGGACUCUUGCUGAAAUCUGCUUAGACACAGAAAUAGAACCAUUUCCUUCACAGCAGGCCUGUAUACCUAUCAGUACCGACCUCCCUUUACUUGGACCUAAUUACUUUGUUAAUGAAUCUUCAGGAAUGACUCUCUCGGAGGCUGAAUUCCAGGCAGAAAUGGCAAUACCUGAACCCAUGAUUCACAAGGAUAUUGUAGUGACUGAGACUUACGCUACUGCUGAUCAAUGCGCACAACCCACUACAAUUGUUUUUGAUCCUCAGCUGGCACCCAAUGUUGUAGUAACCGAAACAGUAAUGGCACCUAUCUAUGACGUUCAAGGGGAUAUUUGUGUACCUGCUGAGUUAGCCAACACACACAAUGUAAUCUAUGCUGAGAGAGUGCAGUCUAGUCCUGGUAGGGCUGACAUGAGCAAUAGUAGCAUGACGGACGGUUGUGUGGGACCUGUGACGAGUGGCAGUAUUUUGGUAGGGCCAGAAAUUCAAGUGACACAAAUGGUAGGUCCAGACAUUCACAUAAGCCAAACCAUUGGUUCCACAUCCCCAAUGACAUCUCGACACAGAGUAACACGGUAUAGUAACAUACAUUACACUCAACAGUGA